AUGUAUAUUGCUACUGAAGCUAUACUUUCACUUUAUGCAAGUGGUCACACAACUGAUAUUGUACUUAAUUCAGGUGAUGAUGUAACACAUACAGUACCAAUCUAUGAAGAUUAUGCAAUGCCACAUACAAUACUUCGUCUUGAUUUAGCUGGAGGAGAUUUAACAGAUUAUCUAAUGAAAAUUUUAGCUGAACGUGGUUAUUCAUUUAUAACAGUUGCUGAACGUGAAAUAGUACGCGAUAUAAAAGAAAAACUAUGUUAUGCUGCAUUAGAUUUUGAAUAA